AUGAAGAAAGUCAUCUGUGGGCGUGAAUCACCAGAGACGACAUUGCGAUGUGCAUCCUGUGAAAAUGCUGUAGUCGAAUUCCCCACCAUGCAGCCAUCGUCGUGGUCAACAACUGCCAGCCCCAUUUCAAUGGCUCCCUUUAUCCUUAAAGCGAAUGAAGUCGCUCGCCGAAAAAGCACGGACACCCGAAAACGGGAGGUUUCGGACCCGCACCUGCCAAACACGAGUGCCCGCGGAGCCCUGGGACGAUCGAGAGUACUCCUGAAACGUCUUGCCAACCGGAUUGGCGUCAGCAGGAGGCUCACUUCUAGCUACAGGCAUCGCAAUGCUUCCACAAAUUUUUCUGCCGACAUAUUAACUCCGCGUUCAGCUGAAGAGCAGGCUCCACGGUCGUUUGAAGGACCCUUUCCCACCCGUGAGGCGAUAAUCAAAAGUCGAUCUAAAUCAUCCCGAGUGAUCCUGAAUGUCGGAGGUGACAAACACGAGGUAAUGUGGAGGACGUUGGACCGAAUGCCCCAUUCGAGGCUCGGACGCCUUCGUCACGCCGUCACGCAUCGGGAUAUUAUGCAGUUGUGUGAUGAUUACAACCUUGAAACCAAUGAGUACUUCUUUGAUAGGCAUCCACAAAGUUUCGGCUGUGUGUUGAACAUGUAUCGGACUGGUCAUCUUCAUACAGUAGAUGAUAUCUGCAUUCUUGCUUACCACAGCGACCUUCUUUAUUGGGGCAUAGAGGAUCACAACAUGGACCCCUGUUGCCUAAGUCGAUACUACCAAAAGAAGGAACACGUAGAGGAUGAAAUGAAAAAGGUCAAUGAGAUUUUUAUGCAACAACUGGAUGACGAGUACUUUGGCGACGAUAAGUGUGCUAUUUACCGCAAGAAAUUGUGGGACAUUCUGGAAAAGCCUCAGACUUCCACUGCAGCAAGGGUAAAUUCCGUGUAUAGAUUUUAA